AUGAGCUGGGCACGGCUUCCGUUUUGUUUCCUGAAUAUUCGCCAGGGGGAGAUUUCUGCAGAAAGCACUGCUUUUCAAAACGCUGAACUAGCUCUCAGUGACACGCGUUCUGUGGUGGGACACGUCUGCUGAACCAAACUGCUAAUUGCUUGAGAAUUCACUCAUUUCAUCUGCAAGCACCUGCCGUAUCCCAUAGCUGUUGAGCACAAAUGGAAGGGCUAGAAGCAAAGCAGACCGAAUCAAUGUCUCUGAUGCAGGACGAAGAGCAACAAAAGCCAGUCGAAGAAAAACAAGAGGCGGAGGAACCAGAAUCGCAGAAAGAGAAGCCACAGUUUGAAACGGAACCCAAGAAUGAGCAGGAAAAACAGCCGGGCCCAGAACCAGAGAGAAUGCUGGUAUAUGAAACUCAGAAGCUGUCUGAACUAGGGUUUAAGCAACCUUCACCAGUGAAACAACCAGAAGUUGAGAAGCAGCUGGAAUUGGACAACCUGAAACCAGAUGCUGAGAAUCAGCUGGAGCCAGACCCUGCACAACAAUCAGAAUUGAGCCCAGUGAAGGAGCCAGAGCUGAGCCCAAUGAAGGAGCCAGAGCUGAGCCCAAUGACGGAGCCAGAGCUGAGCCCAAUGACGGAGCCAGAGCUGAGCCCAGUGAAGGAGCCAGAGCUGAGCCCAGUGAAGGAGCCAGAGCUGAGCCCAGUGAAGGAGCCAGAGCUGAGCCCAGUGAAGGAGCCAGAGCUGAGCCCAGUGAAGGAGCCAGAGCUGAGCCCAGUGAAGGAGCCAGAGCUGAGCCCAGUGAAGGAGCCAGAGCUGAGCCCAGUGAAGGAGCCAGAGCUGAGCCCAGUGAAGGAGCCAGAGCUGAGCCCAGUGAAGGAGCCAGAGCUGAGCCCAGUGAAGGAGCCAGAGCUGAGCCCAGUGAAGGAGCCAGAGCUGAGCCCAGUGACGGAGCCAGAGCUGAGCCCAGUGACGGAGCCAGAGCUGAGCCAUGUGAAGGUGAAGGAACCCAAGGUGAGCCCUGUAAAGGAACUAGCACCAGAACCUGAGCACCUGCCAGAGCUAGAACAUGUAAAGGAACCCAAAGCUGAGCAGCCUGAACCAAGUCCUGUGAAGCAACCAGAACCCGAGAAGCAGGUGGACUCAGGGCCAGAGAAGGUGCCAGAAGCAGAAAAACAGACAGAGAACCAGCCAGAGUCUGAGGAAACUGAAGCAGAGAAACAAGCAGAGUCUUCUCCUGGGAUGCAGGAAGAACCAGACCAGCAGGCUUCUGAAGUGGAAACCCCUGCUCCAAUUGUCCCAGGUUCACUAGCCUUUGCCAUCCUGGAGGACGAGCAUACCAAGACUGCCUUGUGCACCUCUCGUACACUGAUAAUCCUCAGGGGCCUGCCUGGCAGUGGCAAGUCCCGACUGGCUGGUGCAAUCAGGGAUCACUAUCAGAGCUUCUGCACUAUUGUUUCUGCUGAUGACCACGAUGUGAAACCUGAAAGCCCGUCAGUAGAGGGGCACAAGGCCAUGGAUGAGGCAGUCAUAGCCUCUUGCACCACUGGAACCGCAGUGGUAGUGGUGGAUGACACCAACCAUGCUCAUGGGCGAGUCGCUAGGCUGGUUGAGCUUGCAGAGAAGCACCAGUAUUACACCCUCUUCUUGGAGCCCCGCACUGAGUGGGGACAAGAUGUAGAGCAGCUGGUCCAGAAGACCAAUCGAGGACUAGACAAGAGCCAGAUUCAGGCCUUGAAGGGCCAACUGGAGGAGGUAUCCAUGCCUCUCUUCUUUGGCUGGUUCCUGUGCCCCGCCUUUCAGGACAAGCUGAGAAGCAUGGCAAAAGAUUUCUUGAAAACCCUUCAGGGCUUGGAAGCUUUCAAGGAACACCUCAGUGACUUUACUGGUGAAGCUGAGAAAGAGGUGGAUCUGGAGCAGUAUUUUCAAGACAAAGGUAUGCUCCACUGCACCACCAAGUUCUGCGACUACGGGAAAGCAGACGGCUCCAAGGAAUAUGCGGAGCAGCAGAUUGUGAAGGAUCGCUACGGCAGCAUGUCGGAGCUGAAGCUGAGUACGCUCGUCCUCACCCCGCGCACGCUGGGUGCCAGGGUGUCCCUCACUGAGGACCAGCUGCGCCUGUGGCCCGCUGGCGCGGAGAAGGAGGGCGCACCCGAAGCUGACCUGCCGCCCGGCAGCAGGGCCCACAUCACGCUGGGCUGCGCCGAGGGCGUGGAGCCGGUGCAGACGGGCCUGGACCUGCUGGAGCUGGUGCUGCUCCAGCAGCAGGGCCAGGAGGGCGAGCGGGCGCAGGACCUGGAUCUGGGGUCGCUCGCCUACUAUGGCAAGGGCGUGUGGGUGCUGAGCCUCCACGAGCCCGGCCUCGCCCCGGCCUGCUUCUGCAGCUACUACGGGCCCAAGAAGGAGGAUGGCAAGAAGGAAGCGGAGAAGAAGAAGAAGUUCAAGUGCAACCUUCAGUAAAGCAGGCAGCAGUAUUGGUUUGGGUAGAAACUCUGCUUUUGUUUUUGGUUUUUUGGUGUAGGUCAUGCAUGCUGUUAGAUGUUUUUUCCUCCCCUGGUUAGGGCAACUGAGGGAGUUUGUUAGUAGGCCCGCAGCCUUGGAAAACCCUGCUCCCCACCUCUGCUCAGCAGCACAACCAAAGAGGCCUUGAAACCGGUGUAUGGUUCCACUGUGCUCUAUGUUCAGUCACCGUUGUCAUCAGUUACACAACUGCUUGAUGGCUGCUUCACUACCCUCCAUACUUCAACACACUAUGCCCCCACAUUUAGUAUUCUCAAGUAUUCAAGUGGGGCUAUGUAGUCAGCAGGUGUGGGUUUCUGAGAUUGUUUUAUACUCAUUGAAUAAUGAUGUAUUACAUUUGCACAUACAGAGAAGUUAUCCCACUCUGAUAAUUGACAUGUUGCAUGCUGGGAAAAUUGCAAAGCUGCCUUAUUAAUUACUCAAUGAUCGAGAAGCGCAUUUUGUGACUGGUCAUCUCCUGUGGGUUGCGGUUAUGAAUUGAAUGUUACAUCCGUGUUGUGGUGUUCCUUGUGUGUGUUUAUGGGCGUGGAGGGGAAGGCAAUGUAAUUUUCAUCAUGGGCCAAAGAGAUGCUCUUGGGCGUAUGUCAAUGUGAGUGUUCUUUGUGAUGUCUUAGACUGUGAACUUCAUAGAGAUCCUUCCUGCAAAAUGGUUUGCACAGUGCUGUGGUACACAAAGGGAGAAUACUGAUGAAUGUGCAGUUUGUAGCAUUAGAAUGUUUAAGGUGAUUAGUGUACACAUCAAUUUCUGUGAAUUUUUCUUUGGUUCUUUUCUGCAUUUCUACAUCAUGUGAAGGCAGACAGUUUAAAUUGCACUUAAUUUUACUAUUUUGCUCUGUGGUACUUAACAUUGCUCUUAACACAUUUCAAUAAUGUCAACUGUUUUAUAACUUGAACUGAUAUGUAGAGCUGCAGUUAACCAUGCUUAUGUAGUUCUUACUAUAAUGUACUAUAUUUUUGCACUUAUGUAAUUCUUUUUCUUUUUGUACACUAAAUAAAUAAUCUGUCUGGCUCUAAAA